AGACGCCGCACGUGUAGGGUCGCGUCAUUUGCACGCGAUAUGUCGAUAAACCAGGACGGUAGAUUUGAGUGACAACUUCCCAAUCCAACCGCUCAAAAUGAAAAAUUGGAAUACGCAACCCUCUCUCAAGCUUUCCUCAGGUUCUAUAAAAAAAUUGAAUACCACCAGCUCUUGUGCUGACUUCGCCAGAAGUUUCUUUGAAAUUGAAAAGCUUUCACCAAUCUUCGUGUCUGUGUGUGGCUCUCACUGACCUCUCCUCCUUCCAAAAAUUUCGCAGCAAGAUGUCGGACGAGGAGCACCACUUCGAAUCCAGCGACGCCGGAGCUUCCAAGACCUAUCCUCAGCAAGCUGGUAACAUCCGUAAAGGUGGUUACAUCGUCAUCAAGGGCCGUCCCUGCAAGGUGGUUGAGGUUUCGACUUCAAAGACUGGGAAGCACGGUCAUGCAAAAUGUCACUUUGUCGCCAUUGAUAUCUUCACUUCUAAGAAGCUCGAAGAUAUUGUUCCUUCUUCCCACAAUUGUGAUGUGCGUCCUGUUCCACAUGUGAACCGUACUGAUUACCAGUUGAUUGAUAUCUCUGAAGAUGGCUUUGUCAGCCUUCUUACUGACAAUGGUAGCACUAAGGAUGAUCUCAAGCUACCAACAGAUGAAACUCUACUCACACAGCUCAAGGCUGGGUUUGAUGAGGGCAAGGAUAUUGUCGUCUCUGUCAUGUCUGCAAUGGGAGAAGAGCAGAUGUGUGCCCUGAAGGAAGUUGGUCCCAAGUAAUAAAGUAAGCAUUCUGCUCUGCUCCUCUGUUACGGAGGAGUCAAAUAUUAUAAGGAAAAGUUUGGUCCUUUUCUCUUUUACUUCUUAGUAAUUAUAAAUCCCUUAUGUGUUUUGAUUAAUGAUACCUCCUUCUCUAUCUUACUAUUGUUGACAGUUCCAAAGCUAUUACUAUGAUAUUACUACAUAUAUGUGUCUGUGAUGUGGUAUUCUUUAAACCCUCCCCAAAGUAAUUAAAACUCUUCAUUAGACUGUUUAAUGUCUGAGAGAAGUGGACUCUUGAAGUCUUUACAUUGUCAUCGACUAUUCUUGCAAUUCUUGCAAAUGCUUAAAUCUUCGAGAUAAGCAAUACUAUAGUCGCAUCGUUGGGCAAAUACAUUGUGUUCUAACCACAUAAUCUUGAGACAAGGUAAAGAAACUGACUCGAAAUCAAACCAUUGAAACCCGACGGAGUCAGUGUCUCCCAGAUAUGAAGGCUUUAAGGCAAAUUACGUAUAAACACUCACGCAAUCACAUGACUCUUAACAUCAGGGUGAUUAAGCUUUACGGUUUACCCUUAGCUAGAGUCUAUCCAGCACGUGACGCAAGACUGAUCAUUCUCAUCUCUCCCAUUACUUAAUUUGAGCUUGUCAAAACAUCAAAAUCCCUAG